AUGGAUCCAAAGACCAGCCUUCCCAAAUAUGUGCUCAUCAACUGGGCGCGCGACGAGGACGAGGUGGACGAGGAGGCCAUCCUGGAGAAGCUGGCGCGCGCCGGCUCGUCCGUCUACAACUUCCGGCAGCGCUCGACCGAGACCAGUCCGCAGACCAAGCCGGUGGGCUCUAACUACCGACGCAUCGUGCCGGCGGCCGAGAUCGACCUGAGCGCGCGCGACCGAUGGACGAGGCCAGGUCGCGCGAGCACCAGGGCGCUCGAGCGGAGCCGCAGCAUCAACGAGGCCCGCCAGGCGGAGCGUAAGGCAGAGCGCGUGCUAUCACAGAGCGACCAGGAGGCGGCGCGCUGGCAGGAGCACCGCGAGCAGGACCGGCUUGACGAGGAGGAGCGCAAGCACCGCGCCGACCGACUCCGGAUGGAGCGCAAACAGGAGGCGCAGCAGCUGAUCGGGCACCGGACGGGCGCGGCCCGGGCCGUGUUCGAGAGCCACACGGCCGCUGGCCAACUGACUAGCCCCACCAGCCCGGUGGGCGGCGCGUCCGGCGGCGUGGCGUUCAUGGAACGUCCACAGAAAGACACGAAACAUAACACAUAG